CUAAAAAAAAAUUGCAGUUUCCCUAAGUAAAUCAGCAUCUUCUUGGCGUCUUCUCUCUUCUUCCUCAGCUCACUAUAAGGGUUCUGCCCCACCACCCCUCAAAUCUCUUGGAAGUUAUAGAUCUAUUAUUGUAUUUAAACCCUACCCAACAACUCAUAAAUCUUCAUAUUCUUGAUUUUUCUUUCACUUCCCAAUAUGAACCAGAAUCGUACUCGUUUAAUUUCUUCUAGAUCUUUGCAUAUCAUUUGCACCUACAAUCUCUAGCAUUCAUAAAAAUCUUGUCUUUUUUGUUUUAUUUUACUGCAAUUAAUCUGAUUAUGCUAUAUGGGUAUGAUGAAACGGACAAUGCGGCCAUUGUUCAGUGUAUUAUUGUUGAUUGCAGUGGCGGCUACACUUGUUUUUCGAAUUACCCUUCGUUAUAGCUCUAUUGAGUUGAAAAAUGAAUACCCAUUUGCUGGGAAGGCUCAAAAACCGGUUCUGAAUGAGACACUUUUGAAAUAUGCGUCUAUUGAUAUUGGGGAACCGCGGUUGAAGAAAGAGGUUGAGGAGUUAUUGGAAGGGAAUUUCAGAGGACAUAACCGACAUAGAUCAUUUCUGUCUUCUGGGAAGUAUCGUAUUGAUGUAAGUCCGAGGACAGCUAGAGGGGUAUCGGUGCAGCUCCGGUCACCGGAGUUUUAUCGCCUUUGGCAGAGUUUUAGGAGGAAUUUGCAAGAUUGGUUCAGAAAUAGGAAGCUUCCUAAGGAUGUGAUGAUGGAUUUGGUGAGUACUGUUAAGGCUCCUAUUGAUGGACAUAAUGGUUUAGUACGAUCAGAGAAGAGGUAUAAAUCAUGUGCUGUUGUAGGAAAUAGUGGGAUUUUGUUGAAGAGUGAGUAUGGGGAGUUGAUUGAUAGUCAUGAAGCUGUGAUUCGACUGAACAAUGCAAGAAAUAGGGGGUUUGAACAUAGAGUAGGUUCAAAGACUACUCUUUCAUUUGUGAAUAGUAACAUUCUGCAUCUUUGUGCAAGGAGGGAAGGUUGUUUUUGCCAUCCAUAUGGAGUGAAUGUGGCUUUAGUAAUGUAUAUAUGUCAGCCUGUGCAUUUCUUGGAUUACAUGGUGUGUAAUUCUUCACACAAAGUGCCAUUAAUUGUCACUGAUCCACGCUUUGACAUGUUGUGCGCUAGGAUUGUGAAGUAUUAUUCGUUGAAACGAUUUGUGGAGGGAACUGGGAAGCCUUUUCAAGAAUGGGCUCCUGCUCAUGAUGGAGCUAAUUUCCAUUACUCUUCUGGUUUGCAAGCUGUGAUGGUUGCUUUAGGUGUUUGCGAGAAGGUUAGUAUUUUUGGAUUUGGGAAAUCUGCUUCAGCUAAGCAUCAUUAUCAUACAAAUCAGAGGACUGAGCUGAAGUUACAUGACUAUGAUGCGGAGUAUGAUUUCUACCGCGAUUUGGUGGAGAGACAGCAGGUAAUACCAUUCAUCUCGGAGAGGUUCAAGUUUCCUCCUGUUUCUAUAUACCAGUGA